AUGCAACAGCGGUUAAAGGAGUUCAGCGGUGUAUUACGAGGUGUCGGCAUCGUGGUGAAUGCUACUAUCGAAGAUCAGACACGUAAAGCUAGUUGGACGUGGUCUAAGUCUGAUAUUCGAGAUGUCAUAAUAAGCGUAUCUAAUUCCAUCCCCAUCAAAAUAAAUGCUCAAAACAUAUCACAAACUGCUAAUUAUAUAACUGAUAGAACAUGGCUUUUUAUUCAGCAAAACUUCAUCAUCGCAAAGUCACUUGUAUUUCCCGAGUCUGCUGAAAAUUCUUUCACGAAAUUCACAGAAAACACAGAAGCUCAUGAAAACAAGUAUAACUCUGCAGGUGAAGUCCAGGCAAUGAAUGAAGCAGCGUCUUCACAUCGAAGCAGUACCAGUGUGAUCAAAAGUCCUAUUGUUAAUAAACCGCUUCGUUUGGAUAGUUACGACGUUCCUGACCGGGAAACCCUAGAUCAAAAAUCAUUGUCCAAAGAAAGACGUGUACCAUCAUCACGUAUCGGAAGAAUAGCGGGUUUCGGAAAUCUGGCCAUAAGUCUUGGUAUCGGGGCAGCUGCCGAAUGGGCAAGACAAAAGGUUGGGUAUUCUGGCUCUGAAGGCACAUCCGCGCCAGCCAAUAUAUUCCUAACGGAGUCGAACCUUGAGAAAAUUGUUGACACUUUAUGUCGUAUGCGAGGAGCCGCCCUUAAGCUUGGACAGAUGCUGAGCAUUCAGGAUGAGAGUUUUGUGAGCCCACAGAUCCAAAAAAUAUUUGAACGUGUAAGGCAAGCGGCAGACUUUAUGCCAGCUAGGCAAAUGAAAGCAGUUCUAGCAUCCGAACUUGGUGAAGAUUGGGUUAAGCAUAUCAAGGUCUUCGAAGAGAAGCCGUUCGCUGCGGCAAGUAUCGGUCAGGUUCAUAGAGCAACUCUUAACGAUGGCAGAGUUGUAGCAAUGAAGGUACAAUAUCCUGGAGUGGCUGACAGUAUUGAUUCAGAUGUCAAUAACCUAAUGACGCUUUUGAAUCGUUUCAAUAUUUUUCCACGUGGAUUAUUUGCUGAGAAAGCAAUCGAAGUGGCUACGAAAGAACUUAAAGAUGAAUGCAAUUAUCUACGUGAAGCUGAUUAUGGAAAACGCUUUAGUCAGUUAUUAGCAGAUGAUUCUGUGUUUCAAGUUCCCCAAAUAAUUGACGAACUGACAACAAGUCGUGUUUUAACAGCAGAAUAUAUGAAUGGUUUAGUUCUGGAUGAUUGUAUCAGUCUUCCACAAAAUGUCAGAGACUGGCUUGGUGAACAAUUACUACGGUUGUGUUUGAAAGAAUUGUUUGUAUUUCAUGUUAUGCAAACUGAUCCGAAUUGGUCGAAUUUUUUGUACAACCCUGAAACAGGCAAAAUUGUUUUAUUGGACUUUGGAGCUUCCAGAGAUUUUAAUAAAUCUUUUGUGGAUUUAUACAUUCGUUUAAUUCAUGCAGCAGCUGAAGGGGAUCAUGAGACUAUUCUUCAAAUUUCAGAAACUUUAGGCUUUUUAACUGGUUAUGAAACAAAGAUAUUGCAACAAGCCCAUGUAGAUGCUGUUAGCAUAUUGGGUGAAGCUUUUGCUGCUGAAAAAAACUUUGAUUUUGGUCAACAGUCAACAACUAAACGAAUUAGUCAUCUGAUCCCAAUUAUGCUUGAACAUCGAUUGAUACCACCACCAGAAGAAAGUUAUUCUCUACACCGAAAAAUGUCUGGCUGUUUCCUGUUAUGCAGUAAACUCAAGGCUAAGGUUAACUGUCGUCCUUUGUUCUAUGAAAUAUGGAAUAAUUAUCGUUUCUCUGACAGUACCGAUCAUAAUUCUAUCUCUACAAGUCAAAAAUCUGUAAAGCCUAGUGUGAAUUAA